ACUCUGUACAGUAAGGACAUCAAACCCCCAGGACCACCAGAGAAGAUCAUCUUUCUGAUGUACCUCCAGAUGAUGCUCCGGGAUGUGAUCUACUUUAUCCUGCGUGGAUUCGUGCGGAUCGUCUUCCGGCCGCUCACUAUGCCCAUCGACGGCUGAGCUUUGCUAAGCACGGGGUCAGGGUGAGGGGGCGCCUUGGGACGUCUCUUCGCCCUGGAGUUCACCAAACACGGGGCAGAGGUGGUGCUAUGGGACGUCGACACUAACGACAACGAGGAGACUGUCAGGUUAGUGAGGGAGGCGGGGGGCAAGGCGCAGCCCUACAGGGUGGACGUGACCAACCGGGUGGAGGUGUACCGCACGGCAGACGAGGUGCGGACGGACCUGGGCCGUAAUGUCACCAUGCUGGUGAACAACGCCGGGGUGGUUGCCAGAGAACGGCUGAUGGACUGUCAGGAUUAGCUGGUGGAGAGGACCAUGAAGGUCAACUGUCACGCCCUCUUCUGGAUGACAAAGGCCUUCAUUCCCCAGAUGAAAGAGCAGAGCCAUGGACACAUCAUCACUGUCGCAAGCAUCCCGGGUCUCUUCGGCACUACCUGUGUGGAGGAUUAUUGCGCCAGUAAGUUUGCGGCGGUGGGCUUCCACGAGUCCCUGGCCCACAAGUUGCUGACUGAGGAAUUUGAUGGAGUCAAGACCACUCUUGUGUGUCCCCAUAUUGUAGACACGGGGCAUCUCUCUGCUGCAUCCCUCAGGGAUGAGGUAGUACUGUUCCUGGCACCGCUGGAGCCUGAGUACUGUGUGGAGCAGGCCAUGAACGCCAUCCUGAUCGACCAGCCCCUGGUCUGCAUCCCACGCCUCACCUUCCUGCCCGUCAUCUCCCGAUGUGGCAUGAUACUGCACACUUCCUCUUCCUGCACUGUUGCCAUGGUGACCCAUCGGUUCAUGGGGUCAGACAAAUGCAUGCACCCCUUCAUUAAGAGCAAGAAGAACAAGCUGACCAAUGGAGGACCUACCCUGAUUGCCGCUAACUAACUCUCCCUUUCAAUUCAGUCUCUACAGAUUAAAUCUAAGGGCCAGUUUCACACACAUAUUAAUCCUAGUCCUGGACUAAAAUUCUCCAUUGAGCAUGUUUUUUAAAUUCCAGGAAGAAGCUUAAACUGUGUCCGGGGAACAAACCUUGAGUGGAUAUAGACAAAUACUUAAUGGGAUAACAACUAUAUAAUG